CAGGGGAAGAACUCGGAGAGCGCCAGUUUGCUCAAAGAGAAAGAUAGAGAUGGCGUUGAUCACUCAUCCGGACGUCUCAACCGUCACCGGAAUCGCAACACUCCUGACGCUCGCCAUCACCGUUUUGUUCCCUUUUCUCAUCCGCCUAAAACGCAAACAUGUAAAUGAAAAGCAUCGCCUCCCAAUCCCGCCAGGCCCGCGCGGCCUCCCGAUUCUCGGCAGCCUCCCCUUCCUCAACCCAAACCUCCACCACUAUUUCACCGGCCUCGCCCGAUCCUACGGCCCAAUCUUCAGCCUCCGCCUCGGCUUCAAACUCUGCGUCGUCAUCUCCUCCCCCUCCGCCGCCCGCGAGAUCCUUAAAGUUCAAGACGCCGCUUUUGCGAACCACGUCAUCCCCGCCGCAAUCCGCAAAUCAUAUGGAAACACCAACCUCGACAUAUUGUGGGCUCCAUACGGCCCUCUCUGGAGCAUGCUGCGCAAAAUAACGGUGAACAAAAUGCUCGGCGGCGCCAGCAUGGAAGCCGUGGCGCCACUUCGCCGCCUGGAAAUGCGGCGCACGGUGGAGGCUGUGUGGGGCCAGUCGAAGAUGGGUGCGUCGAUCGAUGUGCGGGAGACCGCGUUUCUGACCGCGCUUAAUAUGAUGACGAGCCUGCUGUUGGGGGAACCCGUGGGCGGUGGGCCGGAUGAGAAGGAGUUCCGGAGGGCGAUCGAGGAGGCCAUAGGCCUCCUGAUGGCGCCCAACGUCGCCGAUUUUUUUCCGGUGGUUGCGCCGCUUGAUCCGCAGGGCAUAGGGAGGCGGAUGAAGGAGCUGAAGGUGUGGAUUGAUGAGUAUCUGGACGGCAUCGUGGAGAAGAAGAAGCGAAAGUUGGCGAGCGGGGAGAAAAGGGGGGACGUUUUGGAAGCAUUGCUGGACCUCGUGGAGACAGGGAAUUCAAACCCGCCGUUCACCAUGGAUGACCUCUAUAAAUUAUUAAUGAAUCUCGUCGGGGGAGCAACAGACAACAUUACUACAGCUAUAGAAUGGUCAAUGGCGGAGCUGCUAAACCACCCAAUGAAGAUGCGAAUAGCUCAGCAAGAGCUUGACGCCGUCGUUGGAAAGCAUCGCGUCGUUGAAGAGUCAGACAUCUCUCAACUCCGCUACUUGUGCGCCGUCACCAAAGAAGCGCUCCGACUCUACCCACCAGUUCCUUUGUUCAUACCCCACAGCCCGAGCUCUAACUGUGCCGUUGGCGGCUUCUCCAUUCCCACUUGCACCACCGUCUUCGUCAACGCGUGGGCCAUUCAUAGGGAUCCCUGUUUUUGGGGGAAGGAUGCAGGGGAGUUCAAGCCGGAGAGGUGGUUGGAAGCUGCCAAGGAAAAGAGUAGUUUUUCUUUUGGAGGGAAUGAGUUUUGCUACAUGCCAUUUGGGGCGGGGAGAAGAAUGUGUGUAGGAGUUGCAAUGGGAGAGAAGAUGGUUGUUUACAUUUUGGCAUCUCUAUUGCAUUCGUUCGACUGGCAGUUGCCGGAGGGGAAGUCGCUAGAUCUUCAGGAGAGGUUUGGGACGGUUUUAAGGAAGACGGAGCAGCUCUUUGCGGUGCCGGCGGUGAGGUUGGACAAGACGGAGCUUUAUGUUUAGAUGAUGAUCGUCUGUAGUAAUAAUAGGCUUUACCUCUUAAAAGUUCAGUAUCAUUUUUUG